AUGGGAGCAGCUUCUGUCAGCUUCGAUGCGCUUCCUGGAGAAAACGACAUGGCGGCAGCCGGACCAAGUACCCAAACACCAGACUUGCCCGACUACUCGGAGUUCAUGCAGUUUCUCAGUUUGCCAGACUCAUUCGAUAUGUCUGUGGUAAAUGAAAGCUCCGUCGAGCUGAGGACGCCCAAGUCCUUGAACUCCAUGUCAAGUACCCAGAUACCCGGCCCACAGCUCUCACAGCGUGAAAGGUCACUCCAGCAGGGAUCUUUGACCGGCAAACUGCUUCUCGGUCGUCUUACGGUUUAUACUCGUAUGAUGGCCGAUCCAAAGACCUUGCCGCCUUUCAUUCACCCGCCCUGUUCCCUUGAUUCUAACGACGAAUGUCCGCCAGACCUGCCCCACCAAUGCUUACCUGAAGCGCUUGCCGUCUGCGCUAAUCUAACGAAGAUGUUCUAUUCCAACAUGCAAGGGAGCCACAGCUUUGCAUGGAAGCAAAUAUGUACUCAUUUGCGGCAAAUGAGCGAGGAGGUAAGCCUCGAAUUCAUUCACUAG